AAUGUUAGAAUGGGCACCUUUGGGUGAUUUGUAUGGUUUAAUGAAAAAGUAAUAGAAUAAGAGAUUCAAUGAAAAAAUGGCAUCAAUUAUAAUAAAAUAAAUAACAUUGGCAAUAGGAUAUAUGCAUUAAAUGAAUGUAAUUCAUAGAGAUUUAAAACCUGAAAAUAUUUUAUGUUUUAACGAUGAUAUAUUUAAGAUAUCAGAUUUUGGUUGGAGUGUUCAUACUCCAUCAAAUAGAAGAAAGACUUUAUGUGGUACUUUGGAUUACUUAUGUCCAGAGAUGAUUAAUUAUCAAACUCAUGAUAAUAGAGUGGAUGUAUGGACAAUAGGAGUAUUGGCAUAUGAAUUAGUAGUAGGUAAUUUAGAAGAUUAAGAAUAGGGAGACCUCCAUUUGAAUCACAUAAUGAGAAUGAUACGAAGAGGAAGAUUUAGUAUUUGUAAUAUACAUUCCCUUCAUGGAGUAGUAAGGAUUUCUAGAAUUUUGUGAAAGGUAUCCUUUAACAUGAUUGUAAUAAGAGACCUACUAUAUAAUAAAUUAUCAGUCAUCCUUGGAUUGCUUAAUGA